ACAGCUCAGUUUUGAUUGAAAAAUCCUCGGUGUUUGGGUUUCCAUUUCGUUUUUCCUGAUAAAUUGCAAAUUACAAUCAAGAUAAAUUGUAAAGUUACAUUAAAAUACAAAGCAAAUGACUCAUUUCAAUCAGUUAACAUUUUGACGCCGGUUUGUCGAAGAUGGCGUGUCUAGGGUGGUUGGGAAUUGUGUUUUUAAUUGGCCUACCGUACUUGUGUUUGCAAGAAAAUAUAAACAAAGGAGAAAUAAUAUUUCAUUACAACAAUACAUAUAAAUACAAUGUACCGUACACGGUUUCUGUGAACAAAAGUACGGAGUAUAUCCUGGAAUUUGCUGGAGAGCUGGAAACCUAUGAUACUCCGGCCAGGGUGACUGUGGCCAGUGACUUCGCUAACAAGACGUACCCUCUGUUCAUUACUGCUAGACAGCAAAAAGGGGUAUUCUCCUGGCAGUUACCCAUGAUAGUCCAGACUCCGAUCAAGUUGGAACAGUUCACCAACAUAUCCAGGACUCUAUGUCCUCACAACAAUAUGUUUACGGAAGACGAAGAAACUUGUGACGUUUCUACGCAAAACACGCCGAUUAUCCACUUAACAUCAUCAUCCCCAGACUCUAUAGAUGUCACCAUUUUGGUAGAAACGGUCACAGAUUUCUUCGUCCGACUAAAUUCUACCACGAAUUUAACUACCACGCCUAGUCAACCUAUGUAUUACUUCUUUCCUUUUGACCAGUCGAAUGACCUUGACCUGUCUUACCAACAUGCAAAAAGGAAGUAUAUGUGUGACCAUGAAAGUACGGGAGAGUAUUCGCAUUUUUUGCUCAGGACUAAUUUGGAAACUAGAAGUUGGUUGUCUAGACCAAAAAGUGUGAUAGUCAUGAUUGAGUCUGAUGAUGAUAUUUGCGCUGUCGUUUCUAUACAGAAUUUUUCGUGCCCAGUUUUUGACAACGAAAGAGAUAUAUUAUAUGAUGGAUAUUACCUUACAAUGACCAGAAGAGGUGGCAUAACACUUACACAAGACACAUUCCCCAUAGGUUUCUACAUAGUGUUCAUAGUGAAGACUACGGACGAGGAUUGUUUGGACAAGGCCAGUAACGCCACUUUGCCGCAGCUGGCUCAGUAUAUCGGAUGGACGGAAACGGAGCAAGUUCGACUCGUUACUAAUGAUGGACGGGUGAAGAAUUUUAGUUUCAGAAUAAUACAAACAAUAUCGUACCAAGACUACGCCAUCGCUGCGGGCGCAGCGCUCGCGUUUUUCAGUUCGUUCUACAUCGCGUUUGUUGUCGCCGUCAUAUGCAGGAGACGGGUGCAAGCGCAUCAUCAAACGAUGCAUGAGGAAGCAGGCCUCACCCCCCCUCUGACGCCACACGACGUGACAAACGUGCCGACAGCGCGGCGACGUCACGUCAACGUUGUGGACACGAGCGGCGAGAGCACGUCACGACAAUGUCUAGUCGGAGACGGCGAUGUGUAUAACAGUGGGAGGACAGACGGCAGUUCAUCGUCCGACACCGAGUCUGACUUCUCGACGUUAGACGACGUGAACACAGACAAGGAUAUUUACAGACUUGGCGGGAAACUGUGUGUCGCCAACUUGGCUAGAUGUCGUCCUCGCGUCCUCUCGGCUAGAUCUAAGAUGUACUUGUGGAAUGUACUCACGGUGGCAGUGUUCUAUACGCUACCUGUUAUACAGCUUGUUGUUACGUACCAAAGGCUUCUGAAUCAAUCAGGCAACCAAGACCUAUGCUAUUUCAACUUCCUCUGCGCUCAUCCACUGCUGGUGCUAUCAGACUUCAACCAUGUGUACUCGAACCUCGGCUAUGUGUUACUGGGCUUACUGUUUUUGAUGCAAGUCUGGAGGCGCCAUAAUACGCAUCAGAAUAAGACGCCGGCGCAGAAAGAGCUAGGCAUCCCGCAGCACUUCGGUCUACUGUACGCGAUGGGCAUCGCUCUCGUCAGCGAGGGUCUGCUGUCAGCAGCAUACCACGUGUGUCCAAACAGUAUGAAUUUUCAGUUCGACACAUCAUUCAUGUACGUAACAUCCGUACUCUGUAUGGUCAAGAUCUACCAGUCUCGUCAUCCCGACAUCAACGCACGAGCUCACGCCACAUUCGGAGUACUCGCGCUUAUUAUAUUUAUUGGUCUAGUAGGAGUACUAAACGCGAACUUCUACUUCUGGAUCGCGUUCACAGUGCUGCACCUCGUCACCUGUCUCAUCAUGACCUUCCAGAUAUACUACCUUGGACGGUUCCGACUUGACGGCGGUAUAAUCUGCCGUGCAGCCCGCGAGCUGGUCUCCCGACCCCUCGCCGCCAUCACGCCGACGUACUGCGGCCGCUGUGUGCUGCUCAUCAUUGCCAACCUGGCCAAUUGGGCCAUCGCUGCUUACGGAGUUGCGCAACACAGCCGCGACUUUGCGUCGCAUCUACUACUCGUGCUGAUGAGCAAUCUGUUUCUCUACACGCUAUUCUACAUCGUCAUGAAGUUAUUACAUCGAGAGUCUAUACGGUGGUACAGCUGGGUGUUCAUAGCUAUGACAUACUCCAUAUGGUUUGGAUCCAGCUACUUCUAUUUAGACCAGAACACUAAUUGGGCGCUAACCCCCGCACAGUCUCGACAAAGCAACCGCCAAUGCUCUUUACUCCAACUAUACGAUUCUCAUGAUAUUUGGCACUUUCUAUCUUCAACCGCCAUGUUUUUCUCAUUUAACAUGUAUCUAACUAUAGAUGAUAAUCUCUCUAGGACGCCUAGAAAUAAUAUCAUGGUCUUUUAAAAUCAAAAUUUUGAAAGUACUGCACUGUUUUGACCGACUUCAAAAAAAGAAGGUUCGCAGUUUGACCUGUAUGUUUGUUUGACCGCAUAAAAAAAUUGAAGUAUAGUUAUCGGCACGAAUCUUGAGCUCUGACCUACAUCUGUGCAGAAGUGAUUUAUUAGCAAAGAACCAAUCCCGAGUGACGGCUAUGACGCGAUGCACUGCGGGCCAAUCACCGCUUUAGCCCCCGCGCCUCACUUCAUACCACAAAAGGGAUCCAAUAAAUUACUUUUGCGUAAGUGAAGGUCAGAGCUCAAGAUUCGUGCCGAUGAUUAUACUGUACUGUUUUUGACCGACUCCCAAAAUAAGAGGUUCUAAAUAAGUUUGACCAUUUUUAAGUGUUAAAGGACAAUGCUCAUGAAAUAUGAGAAAAAAACCCAGGCCCGGCGCAAAAGAAAUGUAACUCAAAAUAUAGAUAAAAAUAAGUAAUUAAAUAUUACAUAGGGGGCAUUAUCGAAAUCAGUGGCUAUAUGUGUGAAAUUGCUAUUCGAAUUUUAGCAUCUGCGGUACAUUGCUACUCGAGAUUUUAGAGGUAACAUAGUGUAUUAGUAAAAGGAACAGCAAACAGAUACAGUUGUGGUUUAAGAGUGUACAUAAUGACAGGUUUAUAGCAACUUCUCCACUAUUCUACCUACUUUUUCAAGAUAAUAGGAUGAUAGAACUAAAACAGGAUAUGAAUGUACUUUUCAUUUUAAUAAUAACGCGUAAAAGUCAUCGAUUAUUUAUUUCUAACACGACGAGAUCCAAAAAUGUUGCGGGAUGCGCGAACUGUUCCUCAUGUCUAGCCCACCCUAAGUAAUGUAAAACGCUCAUGACGCGAUGACGUGGGCGCUGCAGCCUGUACUUCGGUAUUGAUUUAUCUUUUUGGAGAAGCUUAUUACUUGCCAUAUUACUUGUUUGUUGUUUCAGAUAGCACUUUAAUUAAACAAUAAGCCCCAGCUGCUCAUGUUACCCCUUUAAAAAAUCAAAUAGCAAUUUCAUACAUUUAGCCAUUGAUUUCGAUGAUGCCUCCUAUGCAGUAUUUCAUUACUUAUUAUUACCUAUAAUUUGAGUUACUUUUCAUUUGCGCCGGGCUUGGGUUUUUUUUGAGCAUUGUCCUUUGUGUGUGGAUUACCUCACGUUUGGUUGAACCGAUUUUGGUGAGGUUUUCAGUACAUUAUUUAUCAGUUUUAGGUUAAUAUUUGGAGUCGGUAUGAUUUUUCUGGAAUUAUAAUCAUAUUUUGGUGAAGUCCUGUUGAUCGGGAUAUUAAGAUGAUGUGUGAUAGUUUGGCAGUUAAAUUAUUGUGAAAUUUUUAUUUUUAUUGAUUUUUAAGGGUAUUUACCCAGAAUAAUAAGUAAGGGUAAUCACCCCCAAAAAUGGGUAAAUACCUCUAAAUAGUUGUUUUAUGUAGUGAGAAAAAAAUUGGCUAGUUUCUUAAUUUUAUUAUUAUUGAAAAAUAUACCUACUUAAUCUGAUCGUUAAGUAUGUUAAAAAGUGACUUGUGUUAAUUUUGAAAGAAAAAUUCCGUAUCCAAGUAUGUUAAAUAGGUACAGUUUCAAAUAAUUUUGGCAUUCUGAACUUAGCUGCGCAAAAGUCAAACUAUAUUCAAUGUAUGAAAAUGUCCUCCUAGCCAAUUCGGUCGCGGCAGCUGUUCUCAUAUAAGGAGAUCAGCCAGCUGCGCAGGACAUAUUAUAGUGCACGAGCAUUUGCGCAGACACAGGUGCACUCACUAUACCUCAAUAAUGUUUGUAUCAAAUGGCUGACUAUAGAAAGGCAUAAUUAUUUGAUGAAAUCUGUACCAAUUUGUUCCUAUUAAUGUAUGUAUUUUUAAUGGAUAUAACGGUUGAUUUAUAUAAUUCAACUAUCCAAACUUAUAUUAUAAAUGCGAAAGUAACUCUGUCUGUCUGUCUGUCUUUUCUUCACGCCUAAACUACUGAACCGAUUUGUGUGAAAUUUGGUACAGACAUAGUUUGAAACUUGAGAAAGGACAUAGGAUAGUUUUUAUUACAAAAAAGAAAAAAAAUUAUUCCGGACAUAUAGCGCCAUCUAUUGGUCAAAUCAAAAAUCUGCUGGUAGUCACUAUUCCACGCGAACGAAGUUGCGGGCAAAAGCUAGUUUGUAGGAUAAAUACUAUAAUUUGACAUAUUUUUUCUUUAAAAAAUCAGUAAAUGGUUAUAAGAUAUAAUAUGACAUUAAAGGUAUCUGCUAUUUUGUAACCGACUUUCCAAAAAGAAGGUUUUAAAUUUGACCGCGUAUUUUUUCUUUCUUUAGGUAGUUCCCAACUAUUAUUAAAAAGAAAAUUCCCAUGACAUAAUUGUGUGCUCAAAAAAAAAGUAUUUUAUUGAUAACAUGUAUUAUGAUUAUUCGACUAAAUUUUCUAUAGCUUUAGUCGACUCUUUAGUUUUUAAACGAAAAGUAAUUUCUUUUAUAUUAUUUUUUAGAUAUUUUUCUUUUAUUAAUAUUUUUUUUGGGUUUUUUAUUAUAUUUUAGUCUAAGUGCAAAACCAUGGACUCGAAGCUAACCAUGUCAGACUUGAGGUUCUGACUUCUGACAAAGAUUUAAAUGAGUUUUUCUAUGCUUCAAUGAACGGUUUAAUAAUUAAUAAAAGCAAAUUUAUAAUUUUGAAAUGUAUUAAGUUGUGUAUUGACUAUUAAUUUAAGUUAUUUACAUACAAAUAUGAAUUUUGCUUGCAGUGUGUGAGAAAAAUAGUUUAUACGUAGUUUUAAAAAUAAAUCACUCCAUAGAUUUUAUUAUAAACUAAAUAAUAAUAAGUGAUAAGUAUUGAACGUUUUAAAUUGAAUCAAACUAAGCUUCCCGUCACGCCUUAGUAAUUUUAUAAAUUGAAGAAUUUUAGUCGACUAUUUAAUUUUAGGCGAUUUUUUUCGAGUCACUAAACGUAUAAGUUGAUUUUUAAAAUAAGCAUUAAUUUAUAAUUUUUUGUAAGUUUUAUAAUUUGUGUAUGAUUAUUUUUUAUAAUAUUAUCGCCUAAAAUAUUAUUCGAAUAGUCGACUAAAAUUUAUUCGAUCAACACCAAAGCUUGAUGAGUCAAAAAUUAUCAAUUAGUGAAACGAGGUGCUAUGAAAUUGUUAAAUUAAAUUUUAAAAUAUUAUAAUUGUAAUAAAAAUGUCUGCUUAUAAGCUUGUUUGUAGGACAUUUCAAAAUAUAAUUUUCAUUGUCUUUAAUAAAUAAAAGUAUUAAAAUAAUUAUAUAAAGCAGCUCUUUAAAAAUUCUUAAUAUUUUUCACGCUAUGCAAUCUUUAGAAGAUGCGCUUUAGGAUAAAAAAUACUAUUAUGAAAAAUUCAAAACACAAUUUUUGUCUUCAAGUAGAUAUUGUGUGACUUACACUCCUUACUAUAUUGCAAUAAUUUGUUCUAAGAUUCUAUCCAAGUUUUAUGAAGUUUUAAAAUCAUUGAAUUAUAUUUAAAAUCUCCAUUAUCAUCAUCUGCCUAGCCUUUUCUCAACUCGGUUCGUGGCAGCGGAGUACCAGUGUGCCACAUGGAGCGACUGCCUAUCUGACCUCCUCAACCCUGUUACCCGGGCACGAUACCCCUUGGUAAGGCUGGUUGUUGGUUCUUGACUUCUCGUAACGACUGCCAAGGAUGUUAAAUGACAACCCUGACCCACAAAUUUACGGCCUUCCGAAACACGCAGGAACUUGUUCUGUCAAGCACCCAUCCACGGAGCGUCCGCGCCAAGCGGUGCUUAACCUUGUGAUCGAUUGACCCGUGCGGCUGUUACUAAGUCAUGAGCACUUCCUUCUAAAAUAAGGUAAUAGACUAGUCAUUUCUAUGGUCUAUUGAUAUGGUUUUACAACUUCAUAAAUCAUUUUUUCCAGAAAACUGUCUCGCAAUGUAGAUUACCAUAAAGAUCAAGUUUUUAAGACUGUUGUCAUUCUAAUAGGUUUAGUAUAGUUAUGUAUAACUCCACUGUGUAAAUAAACAUUGCCUUUAU